ACUGCAGCUGCGUAUCUGAAAUAAGAUGCACAUUAUAUUAGGCCAUGUUCAGCCUAUUUAGGACAUUUUUGACAUUGCUGAAAUGUUGCUUUCUCAUGCAUUAAGAGGCAUGUGGCAACACCCUUCUGAAAACUUCACCGUCUCCAACAUUAGAUAUUUUUCCAAGCACAAAGGCGAGGUGAACUGCUGCGCGUUCUCACCUGACUGUCAGAAUCUGCUCACGUGCUGCGAUGAUGGUAAACUUUACCUGUGGGAGGCCACGAGCGCCAAACUCCUGGCCACAGUCAGUGGACAUACAGGUCCAGUGAAAUCAUGUGCUUUCUCUGCGGAUGGUCAGCUUUUUGUGAGUGGAUCUUACGACUGUACCGUCAGAAUCUGGCGCAGUGCGAGCACAGAAUGCGUGUACAUACUGUCAGCUCACACCCGGAGUGUUGAGACAGUGAGCUUCAGUCCUGACGGACAGUGGCUGGUGUCGGGUGGAUGGGACAACAGAGCGCUAAUCUGGAGUGUUCAGUCCAGUGAGAUGGUACAGGAAUUGUUGGGUCACACUGCAGCUGUCCAGAGCAGCACAUUCUCAUCAGAUUCACAGUUGGUGGCUACAGGUUCCUGGGAUCGGUCAGUAAGAGUGUGGACACUCCAGGACAGAAAAGAGGUUGCAAUAUUACAGGGACACCUGGGGAACGUGGCCUGUCUGAGUUUUUCUGUUACUGGCAUGCUGGCAUCAGGCUCAUGGGAUGGUACUGUUCGUGUAUGGUUGCCAAGACAACACACGUGUCUGUUCCUGUUGAGAGGAUUUGAGCGUGUUUGGGUCAAGAGUCUGGCCUUCUCCAGAGACGGACUGGUUUUAGCAUCCACCGCAGAGGGUGAUAUGGUGAGGAUCUGGGAUAUGGAAACUGGAACAUGUCUACAGUGUUUACAGGGUCAUAAGGACUCUGCAUAUGGGUGUGUGUUCACUCCAGGUGGGCAGCUUCUCACCAGCGGCUCGGACCAGUUAGAUGUUGGAGAGGAAGAUAAAACUGCUCAGAGGAAAGAGGGAUAAGUUUAAAUCAUUCACACAAAAAUGAAGAUCCUCAUCAUUUACUCACCCUCCUGCCAUCACAUAAGUGUAUGACUUUCUUUGUUUUCUA